UGACUCUCUUCCAUCCCCAGAUUGCGGUUUCGCUCCGGUGAGUGAAUCUGAUUUGAUUUAUCAGAAGUCAAAAUUCCCGCGACACACAAAACUGGACAUGUCCGGAGUUACCCUCGCCUUCAGCAAGCAGAUGAGCCGUUUCUGUUGGGAUCAUAACAGCAUCACCUUCCAGUGUAUGGGCCGCCUCCUGGAGCCGCACUGCCAUAUGGGAGAUUCCAUGCUAAUGGGCAAGAUUAAACAGCACACCCAGCGGAUGACCGGCCUGAUGGAGACACUGCAGACCACGCCCUACCAAGAUUGCCCCUUUGCCCAUUCCGCUUACAAUGUGCGUUCCUUCUCCUACCUCACCCGCGCGUGUCUUCAGGACAUCCCCCCAGAAGUGCUGGCGGAGCUGGUGAACGAGGGAAUGGCUGAAGAUUGGAGGGAUACACAGUUUCAGGCUUCUCUUACAGGGGGCGCUCUCUCUUGGGUGGUCUACCCUGGGACACCAUAUGGCUGCCUCAUCUAUCCUCAGGGACCAGCCAUGAACUUUCUCCACUUUCAGCAGGUUUUCCUGGAUCGGUUGGAUGUGGACCUCGGGGGGACAUUACAGGGCAGUCCAGCUGUGUAUGAGCUGCAGGAGCGGAUCCAGCAAGUGAGCGCAGGACAGCACGAGCAGACUCUGGUCGGGGUUCGCUCCUCUUUUCAUUUAUCCUCCUGGAGAUUCUCCCCUCAGGAUCCCCCCAAACCUCUGAGUAUCCUGAAGACGAGGACCCCCAGCACCUGCAUCAGCACCAGUCCCCACAUGGAGGCGGAGUUCUCUGUGUGCACGCGGAGCGGUUCUCUGUACCUGUGGGACGUGGAGAGUGGGUUACAGCGCGUGCGGCAGGAUGCAGAGAACCUGAUAUUCCGUGAUGACUCUGGGUGGUGGUGGAGCGACUUCACAUCUCACCCUCGGGUGCUGACCUUCGCGGACAGGACGGGGGUGCAGCUGGUGGACAUCAGGGUUCCCAAUUCAGAGGGACGGGACCUUUUCCGCAUUGGGCAGGAGAGUAAAUAUCAGUGCGGAGAACGAGUGAUGAUAACACGGAGCCUGCGGGAGACCGAUCCGGCGCACUGCCUGGUGACCACUCAG